AUGAUGAAGACUUCAUCGAAAGUCAGUGCGCUUUGCGUCAGCACUUGGUCAUUGCCUGGCUUUGGCAAUGAAUGGAAUCAUGCGAAGGAAGCUACUGUACUGCAACUUACGUAUGUCAGCCAUGUAUGGCUUCAGGUUGUGGGUAGUAUGGCCAGUUCGAUAUCGUCUUGUACCCACCUCUCGACACUGACACUCCAUCGUGCCCUGCCUGCGUGCGAACGCGCGAGAUUGAGGCAGUUUUCCCGUGCUGCGCUAGACCGGAUUGGGCGAUACAUCAACAGAGCACCCUGUUGGAACUCGGUGGUAGCUUCCAGCCUUUUGACGCCUGACAGACUGUCGACCCUUGCGAGCAUCUCGGGUUACCGCUCGAUUACGACUGGAUUACGUGGACAGGCAAUGAUGCGGGGUAUUCUGCGACUCUGGACAUAUCUCUUGCCUUUGCUCUCUACAACCGCAAUCUUCGCCUCUGCCUCUGCCUCUGCCUCCGCCUCAGAGUUAGACCAACAGCCAUUUGAAUUCGGAGACAUGUCCGCACCACAGUACUCCCUACCUCCCCUGCCCUACGCAUAUGAUGCGCUCGAGCCACACAUCUCGAAGCAGAUUAUGGAGCUGCAUCAUGGCAAGCACCACCAGACCUACAUCACGAACCUGAAUGCUGCCUUGAAGACCCAAGCCGAGGCCGUUCAAACUUCUGAUAUCACGUCUCAAGUCUCUCUACAACAAGGCAUCAAGUUCAAUGCCGGUGGACACAUCAACCACUCUUUGUUCUGGCAGAACCUCGCCCCAGCCAGCUCACCGGAAGCCAAGAGUUCAGCGGCUCCCGAGCUAGUCAAGCAGAUCAAAGCAACUUGGGGUGACGAAGCCAAGUUCAAAGAAGCUUUCAAUGCAGCUCUCCUUGGCAUCCAAGGAAGCGGCUGGGGCUGGUUGAUCAAGGUAGAGACUGGCAAGGAGCAGAGACUGGCCAUUGUGACUACAAAGGACCAGGAUCCAGUUGUUGGGAAAGGCGAGGUUCCAAUCUUUGGCGUCGACAUGUGGGAACACGCAUACUACCUUCAAUACCUCAACGGCAAAGCCGCUUACGUCCAAAACAUCUGGAACGUUAUUAAUUGGAAGACAGCUGAGGAACGUUUCCUGGGAUCUCGUGCUGACGCUUUCAAAGUCCUCAAGGCCUCCAUGUGA